CUGGCUGACAUGCUGUUGCACUAUGAUAGAAAUGGGCACCAUGAUUUAUUUUGAGCCAAUCCCAUAUUUACUGUCCUACACCUGAAAAUUCUCACAAAUGCACCAAAUCUGAGAUGGAAAAAUCCCCCACAAAUACAAGAUUUACUCCUGAUAGAGUAAAGUUUAGCCAGUUGUUUGAGAAAAUGACUCCUGUUGUAUUUAAAAAAAAGAAACUAAACAUGUUUUUGAAUAUUUAUAUUUUUUGUAGGAACAAAUGACUGAGUGCCAUAGAUGGGUAGGGAGGUUGGAAAGUAUUAAAGAGAUGGGCUUAAGUGUUGCUGGUGUUAGAUCUUUUCAUGAUAUUUGUCGACAAUAACAAAAAAGUAGAAUUUCACCAGCCUUAUCAUUUAAUGAGGGGUACAUUGCUACAGGGUACAUUGCAUAGAUAGGCAGCAGGUGGAGAGCUGGGAUUUUUUUGCCUGGAGCCCCCCCCCCAACAGGUUAUUUCAGUCAUGCUUUCCGUCUAGAAGAACAGAAAAUACUAGGAUCCACCUCAAGCUGAGAUUUACUCCCAGUUUAUAAUUAUGAAUUAUGAACACUCUUAAAACUGAGUCAACAGGUGGUCAUUAGAGCCUGUAACCAGAUCAGCUAGCCGACAGAGCCUAUCAUCUAGCGUCUGUUAAGGAUUUUCAUGUUUGAGUGAGUGUGUGUGCUGGAGCCAUUAUAGAAAAGUGCACAAUUCAGCAUUUUCCUGGACAGACAAUGAAAGGCAUCAAAUGAAAGCUGUCGAUAAGUGAAACCGAGAUGAAGCUGUUAAUGGACGUCUGGACACACACACACACACACACACACACACACACACACACACACACACACACACACACACACACACACACACACACACACACACACACACACACACACACACACACACCAUGUGGUCUGUACAUCCCACUGGCUGUCCUUCACUCAGACACUUUAUAAAGGUCAUAAUAGUACUGAUAGUGUUGUUAUUAUCGCCUGUUGUGACAGAGGCGGGUUUAGGAUCGGGGCACACGCUGAUUGGACCGUAGGACUCCCCCCGUGUCACGAUGCUUCCGUUUUGUGCGUACGCGCAUGCGCAGCGACCCCUCUCUUCUGAUAUUUUAUUUACUCCCGAAACCCAAGAUGGCUCCUGUGAAUGUCUCGGUCCCAUAGCAAAUUGAGGAUGCAAGUAGCUGCCGAAAAAACAACUUUUCCCCGACCGUCGCAUCCCCUGGAGUUCAUUUCGUAUGGUGCGGAGGAGGCCCUUACAUCCGUGUAGGCACUGAGCAGCCGUCGGGGCUUCGCGAAACCUUCUUCAAGCCACCAAUUUGGAGUAGUUUCGCGAAGUAGCUCUUCUCCUCGCUGUCGCUGUCUGUCCGGAGCGAGGUUCAGGCAGGCAGCUCAUCCAAAUGGCCGAGCCGAGAAAAGUGCAAUUUGUCACCCUCUCGGCCUUCGCAGCUGGAGCAGCCGCGGAGUCCAGGAAACGCCGGUUGGAGGAUGAGGCCGACUUAAACUUGGGCAGAGCCGGAGAGGUGGAGGCAGCGACGGCCACCGGGGCAGGAGCGACCGCCGUCGCUGAUGCCAGCAACGGACGCCUCGGUAAAACCGGCGACGGGGACAAGACCGGAGCCGAGAGGAGGGCGACGGUGCGACUGAACCUGCCCCUGUCCGAGCCCGACGACCGCUCCUCCGUCGAGUUUAAUUACGGCGAACUCAUCAACAACAUCCAGGCAAAAAAUAAACCUCCAAGUGUGACAUCAGCCCAAAAUCCCAACGACCCCUUCAACGAUGAUGAGAGAGAGCGGCUCCAGGUUGAGGCCAUGGCAAAGAAGUUUGAAAAUAAAUAUGGCGCCACAGGAAAGAAGAAGAAGGACAGAAUGCAAGAUUUGAUCGAUAUAGGCUUUGGCUACGAUGAGACAGACCCCUUUAUUGACAACUCAGAAGCUUAUGAUGAGCUGGUGCCUGCCUCUUUGACCACAAAGCUGGGGGGAUUUUACAUCAACACUGGCACGCUGCAGUUCAGAGCGGCCUCUGACUCCGAGGGGGAGGAGGGCAAGAAGCUGAAUGAGAGCUUGGAGCAGGUGAUGAUAAAGAAGAGGAAGAAGAAGGAGGUGAACAACCUGGAAGAGAAGAACCCGAAGAAGAACAGAGUAUCUAAACAAGGAGUGACAGCACUCAACCUCCACCGGCCGGAGAAGAAAAAGAGGAAGAAGUUGAUGAAGGACUCACUGUACUUGGCGGCCAUGCUCCGCCGCUUCACCCGGGAGAAGGAGGAGAUGAGGAAAAGAAACCCCACAGUGGCUCUCCCCGGCCUGGCAGGAGGUGCGGCUAACAAGGCCCACUCUGCCAACUCUUCGAACCACCUGUUAGCCUCUAACUCCACUCACCCGCAGGGCAACGCGGCCAGCAACGACCUCUCACUGGCAGACCUCACCUCGGACCCCGCUGUGAUGUCACUGCUGGGCUCGGCCAACGAGAAGGAGCUUCAGGAUCUCCUAGGCGACUUGGACUUCAGCAUGUUGGACACCGACCAGCAGAAUGCCAUGGCAGCAGCCAGAGAGAAUGGCAUUCUGGGAGUCGGUGUGCCGGCUCUGAAAGCAGCAGGAGGAGGUGGCCCGGGGCGAGGCCUGGGGUCUUCCGGUGGACUUUUCUCUCCUCCCCCGCUGCCUGGCGGACUGCCUGCUCCUCUUAUUAAACGCAUCGAGGACCUGCGGGCGGCCUCGAGGCAGUUUGAUCAGGAGGGCAGGAAGAAAUUUUUCACCCUGGACAUGAAUAACAUUCUCCUGGAUAUUGAGCUGCAGGUCCAGGAACAGCCUCUUGAGGUGCGUUCAGACAUCUACUUGCACAUGGAGGCGUUUGUGCCAUGCAACAAAGAAGCACUCCUCAAACGCCUGAAGAAGCUCAGCCUCAACAUCCAGGACGACAGACUGCGGAAUCCUCUGUUGAAGUUGAAGCUGGCGGUGUGCAGUGUGAUGCCUGAGCAGAUAGCCAGAUAUAACAUGGACUGCAUGGCGAAGGUUGCAAAGCAGCAGUCAGGGGAGGGUGAUAAGAUGGGCUCAGAAGAGGAGGAGGAGGAGAAACCAGGGAAAAGGGUGAUGGGCCCUCGGAAAAAGUUUGUCUGGGAUGACAAACUCAGGAACCUGCUGUGCAGCUUGGUGCGAGUGAAGCUGAGCUGCUACGAGAUGGAGAACCAGUGCUCUCUGUCUGUGGAGGACUACCUCAAGGCCUUCUUAGAGAAUGAGGUCAAACCACUAUGGCCCAAGGGCUGGAUGCAGGCCAGGAUUCUGUUCAAGGAGAGUCUUGCCGUUCACAGUCACCUCACUGGAAACUUAGUCAAGAGGAGAAUGGUGCCUGGGCCCAAGGCCAAAGCCAAGGAGGGUCUGUGGAUCCACAAACCACCUCUCACCAUGACCUCCAGUCCAUCGCUGCCCACCUCCACAUCCGUUCUGACCUCCAACCGCCAGCCCCUCUCCUCCUCCUUGACCUCAGAGCCCAUCUGUCUGUCGGACUCCCUGGAUGAGGAUCUGACUGCUCCCUCUCUGGACUCCAUUUCCCACGCCCUGGCUCUCCUCAGUAACGCAUCCAAGGGCUCGGGAGCCUCAGACAGCCCCUUGUCGCCUCCACCCCUGCAAAUCCCCACCACCUCUCCUCCCCCCGUCACCCCUCACUACCCCUCAGCCUCUCAGCUCUCUGUCGCGGUUUCAUCCACAACGCAGCAACAUUCCCUGUCGAAGGUGGAGGCUGCCACUGGGAAUUUGCCAACAACAACAAUGCUACCGACCUCCUCUUCUACCUCCUCUUCUACCUCCUCUUCCUCGUCUCCCGCUGUCUCCUCCAUGGCUCGCGUGCAGGCAGCAGGCCUGUCGCUGGCCUCCAGGACUGCAAAUGGUCCCUACAGCCUGAUCAAAGGAUCUGGCAUCUUGGGCCAAACCCAGAAUCAGAGACUUGUUACAAUGGCAUCGCCCAAUCACAGGCCAAGCUCAAUAAUGGGCGUGAGUGGCAAGAUGCAUCCACACCCCUCCCCAUCGCCUCCGAAGCAGCGGCCUCCUCCCACUGCUUCCCCUUUGCUGCCCCCCCAUCAGAAGGGAUUUGUUAGCCCUGUAGGGAUGCUGGGAACUAUGGGGGGACUGGCCAAGACCAGUGCCAAAGCUAGCAUUAUCAGCAGCAAUGGCAGCGCUGUGAGCAGCGGCAUCACACCUUCUUCCUCCCCUUCCUCUUUGUCCCGCUCCAACUCUACCUCCCACCCCGGCCUGCAGUCCUUCUGCCCUCCCUCCCCAGUGGCCUCCUCGCCGUCCCCCACCUCCCAACCCUCACUAGUUAAAUCUCACACACACCACCACCAGCCCAACUUCAUCACACCCAUGCAGGCCACCCUCACCAAGUCCUCCCACAGCAGCAACUCCUCCCCCAUCAUAAAGCUCACCCCUAGGCCUCCCGCACCCACCCCUCCUCCCUCCUCCUCCUCCUCCUCCCCCUCCCCGUCCUCUUCACCUUCACACCCGCUCACCCAUCAGAUGAUCUCCAGCCAAAAGCAACAACACCAGUACACCCCCAAAACCCCCAAAACCUUCCGGCCCCCCUUCAGCGUGUCUGGCGGCGGGCAGGUGAAGCAGACCCAGGGCAGUUUCAGCUUCGCCGGAGGCCAGAAAGCUCAGUGCGCCACGAGCAACAGUAGCAUCAACAACAACUCCAACAGCACUAUUAAGGCUGUCUGCAGUCUCCCAAACAAAAUUCCCCCGUCUUCAGUCUCGGCCAAUCACGUGCAGAGGCAGAGGGUAGUGGGCGGCACCAACCAGAACUCAAAGGCAGGAAACGGUUGGGCGGCUUCAGGAACUUUGGCCACGUCCUCCACAACGUCACACCUCUCACAGGUAUCAACAGCAGGCACUCCACUCCUGGGCAACCCCUCUGCUCUGCCCCUGGGCUUCGGGAUGUUGGGAGGCCUGGUGCCCGUCUCGCUGCCCUUCCAGUUCCCAUCAUUACUCAAUUUCAGCCCUCCCGGAGCCCCAGGGGUCGCUGGCAUGGGCUCAGCCCCCAGCUCCAACUCAGGAUACCAGCUAGCACAGAGCGACCUAAUAGAUCUGUAUAAGAGUCUCCAGUCAGGGUCGCAGGCUGCCCUACCUCCUCACUUGCAGCUUGCUUUCUCAGAUGCGAACCAAAGCCAGGGCGGAGACAUGAAGAGGAAAACCCACUGACCAAUAACAGCACAGGAGGCCGGCAGACACCAGCGAGGGUGAUGUCACAGCCUCCUGGACACAUCCACCAAUAGGAAUCUUCACAUUGAUCGACUUACGUUGGCGACGCAGCGUGGGAUGGGGCGUGGGUCUCCACCGCCUCUUUUAAAACGGACCUAAAGCAGAAUGGGUUUAUCCUCGCUAUAAGUGGCAAUGAUUAAAUAAUUUAAGUGUGUUUUCUAACGAAUCGGGUAUGAGAACAAGUGGGAGUGGAUGACAAGAACACUUAUUUUUGUUCGGCUUAUUUUUAUUUUCGUCAACAUGUUUACAUAUGACCGACCUUGAUCACUGUGGAAUGAGUGUGAGCGAGGUGGUGGUACAGAUGAGAGUAGUAGUACGCUACGUAAUAUAAUUUGUAUUUAAGCUUAUGUGGAAUAACAGGACUCUUGUUCUUGCAGUACAAAAAGAAAAAAAGAAAAACAGACUGAAUAAUGAAUUUCUGUCUCAGAUGUGGGAAUCGUCGUGUCCGUAGAAUUUUAUUGUUGGUCACCUCUGCUCCCACUAAUGACUGUUAAGUAGUAGCUUAAAUGAAUAUUGAUAAAUUAUUUGUAAUUUACACAGGGACAAAAACAUGUUAUGGUGUGUGUGUGUGUGUGUGUGUGUGUGUGAGAGAGAGAGAGUGCGAGAGAGAGAGCGAUGAGGUUGAUUUGAAUGUGUGUAUGUACAUAAAAAAAAACACAACACAAUAUACUGUUAAUUUCUUUCCAGAUUAUUCUGUAUGAAUGGGUUGUAUCCCCUUCACACAAUAAUGAGCGAGUGUAAGUUUGAUGCCCCUCUCUUGCUCAGUGUGUUUUUGGUGCUGUUUAAUCACACUGGACCUUUUCUGGAAAAAAGACUUGAAUUGAAAAAGUUUUGGGCUCCACUUCUGGCGAGAGGAGCCACCUGUGAGAGAGGGGAGAAACGUCAAGAUUGUAGCCUACUUGAAUUGUUUUUUUGUUUUAUUUUGUGAUUUAAGAUUUUUUUAUUUACUUUCUCUGCUUAUUGACUCGAACCAACUUAAUAUAACACAACGCCUUAGUUUGUAUUGAAAAAGUAUGAAAAAGAUCUAUGCAGGACUGUAAAACGCUCAAUGCAAAAGUGCAAGUCGUCGCUUGGCUUUCAACUUCUACUCAACUUGUCAGUGCAUUUCUGGAGUUGUGAAUGUUUGUAGAUGUUUAUUAUGUCACUCGAGACUCCUUUUCCUCCUCCCGGUCUUAGAGAAACCUUCCCUCCGCUGAAUACCUCUGUUAACAAAAAAAUGUUCUUCCUGAGUCUCUCGCUGGCCUCCCCGACUAGUCCCCCUGCCCUCCUCCAUGUGUGUCUGACUGACCGGCUGCACCGAGAACGACGCCAAAGAUUGUUCUGUAGCUCUCUUAGAUGGGGUGCACCGGUCAGAGUGAGUGUGUGUGUGUGUGUGUGAGAGAGAGCGAGAGAGAGAGAGAUUACUCUGACAUUUGACCCAAAAUGUAAACCCAUGAGUGUCGACGUGUGUGGUCCUGCGGGAUGUCAUUGUGAAGUCAUGUGACUGGAGCAGUGGGUGACAUCUUAUAAAUUGUGCUUUCUUUUUGGGGUGGGGGAGGAUAAAAAUGACAUUUCGUGGUUAACUGGUUUCUUAAUUUGGUGUUUUUGUAGAUUAUUUUUGUGUGUCAAAUUAAACAAAACAGGUGGUUUUCAUGA